AUUCGAUAUCGGAACAAUCUAUUCUCCCCUUUAGCAAAGCCAGACAGACUCUAGAGGUGACUCACCUCAUCUUCGACCAAGAUGUCCGACAUAUACACCCCACCUCCACGAACGGCCUACUACCUCGCACAGGCAUUCUACAUGCCUAGCGACAAAGGAGACCGAUGGGCUAUAGCAUUUUCCGGCAAAAGCUCAGUGCUUGUAGCGUCCGCGCUCUCCGUUGUCGUCACUCUGAGUUUUGCGGCCCUCUGGAAAAUAAUCUGUUUCCUCUCCCUGCUGUUCACGGGCAACGAGUCCAGGAGGAGAUUUGUUGGCAUGAUCAUGCUUUGGAACUCAGGCGACGCAAUCGCUGCAUUUCUUCGACUGGUGACGUACACCAUUCAAUGCUAUCCACGGACAAUCAAGGAGCCCAAGACGAGAGGGUCAGUGACCGCCAAUGGGACCACUCAAGGCGGUCAUCAGGAAGAAAAAAAGCUUCCCAAGCAAAGAGGCGACUUCCUGUACGGCUUGUCCCUUUGCCUCGUUUGCUUUGCCGUCUGGGGAGGGAGUGUAGCCAUGUCGACGGUCGUCUCCUGGCUCGUUUCAAUCGGACACGUCGCACCCGUCAACCCAAGUGUUCUCUUCUACCCCAACGUCCCUGGUCAAGUUCCUGUUCAGCAGUUGAAGGACUUUGGUCUCCGUGCCCCAGGCAUUUUGCGCUCUUUGGGAAGCGUCGAAGCAGCCAAAGUGACACUACGCACUCGCGUGAACAUCACGAGCGAGGAUCUCGGCCUCAUACCAAACGGAACCGAUCUUCUCCAUGAGGUCAAUUACGCUUACAAUCUUACCGGAGUCGAGCUAGGUCUGCGGGGUGGCGAUGGCCUCGCACUUGGGGUUAAGGGCUACUGCAGGACUGAGUACAGCUGGUACCGUCCUAACAUCAGUACCAAUGCCAGCGAGGCCUACCACCUGUGGAACAACGAGAACCAGCCAUGGUCCAUCGGGUUAUCUGAGGUUGCUAUUGCUCGCGCACCUACCGCCGCCUUCCAGUUCCCCAGCGAGUACCUCGUGAAGGGGCCACCAGCGGAUUCCAACUACUCCUUUGCUAUGAUAGUGAAUUCCGCGCGGCGGACCAGUGUGACGGAAGGCAGUGAUCCUUGGUACUCGACAGAGCUGCGUGACCAGCCCGCUAGCCCAAGUCAGUUCAACGCCAAAUUUUGGAUGAAGCGGGCCAGACCUAUCCUCUCUUGCUGGGAGCAGAUGCAGUGGUCACACAAGGGAACGGCUCUCGACUCGAUCGCCAACCUCAGAGACCAGCCGGGUCGAACCAUCCCCGACGUCCUUGUAAAAGUCCUCGAAACGACAUUCUUCGCUGGCCCGAUGCUUGUCAGAUUGGGAAACGCAAGCGGUGACUCGGCACUCAGGUCUCGAACUACCAGUCCCAACGGGGUGAUUGAUGCAUCCAUGUCAUCCAUUGACAGCGAUAUGGAGCGCCUAGUCCUCGCGAGCUUCGUAGCGACUCGGAACAUCUUUAUUGACGCAACCAUGUUUGGUGGUUCCGAUCAAAAUUACCCCAAUGUCUUCCGGGGUGGCAACGGACAAGCCGAGGAAGGGUCCGGGCACUUUGUGGUGUCCAGCCCGGACAUCCAGACCUUUUCGCUCACCGGGAUCAUCUCCUUGGUGGCCAUCCUGAUCUUUCUCACGGCCAUUUGGGGCUUGCUCGAGUUGCUGCUACUUGUAUCCAAGGGCCCGAGGAAUCCCUUCUGGUGCAAGUAUCAUGUGCUUGAUGCGGUGCAGCUGUUUCGAUGCCUGUACGAGACGAACGACCUACGUCGGCCCUAUGGCGGCUGGCCGUGCAAUGAGGGGAUACCACAAGAUCGACUUGUCCUCGACGUUGGAGGCAAAGAAACCACUUUGUAUUAUGAAAAGGAUCUUUGCCAGUUGGAGCUUUGCAAGAAGAAGCACUGCAUGGGGCAUAUCCUUAAGGAUACAUGUAUAGCCAAGGAGGUCGAUCCGGCCAGCGAGAUUAAACCCGAGGGAACUGUGAGAUCUAAUCAGACCACUCCGGAGCCUGAUCCGUCCAAUUCUCAGAGUCGCGAUGAGAAACGACUGGCACAAGAAACCAUCAACCCCUUUGAUCCAUCUAAUGGUCAAAGUUAGAGGUAGCAUUCCAUUGCGCCUCUCCGUGCUUGGAGAUGUGGUCGGCGAAAACAGCACAAGGGUUACUUUUGAGCAGGAUGUUCCUUUUGACCUCUCCAUUUCCUCGUUCUUCUCACCCUCUUUUCCCACUCUGUUAAGGU